AGCUGUUCCAGUAGUAAUUUAAAUCAACCACGAGCAUGAAUUCUGUGCCAUCUCUUCUCCUGCAAAUCCUCUUUGUGACAGGUUCAGUGGGAGCAGUUAGCAUUACUGUCCAUCAGCUCCACGUGGGCGGGUAUGAGAACAGUUCUGUCAUUCUCUCCACCUCGUAUGAUCUCUCUAAGCCGCUCACAUGGCUUCAGAUCAGAUGGGAAUUGGUCAGCCUGUCUCCUCCACUGCAACUUGUCAUCUGCACCAUUCGUUCAUCCGAAGAAGGAAGCAUUAUAAAACAAUUCCCAGAGAAUGGCUAUGAGGAUCGAAUGUUUAUAACACCAGAGAAUGGCUCGCUAACAAUUAACCACAUGCAGAACAAUGACAGUGGGCUAUAUAGAGUAACAAUAAGAGACAAGCAGGUAUCUGAGAUAGCUACCAUCAAUGUCACUGUAUUUGAAAAAAAUCAGGAAUUUGUGGAUAUUGAAAUAGAAGACAACUUGGAGGUCACUGCAGAUGAAAAUAAAACAUCCCAUAAGCCACGGACAUUGGCUCACUGUAUCUGUUCGGAUAACUCCACCAGCGUAGAUCUUCAUACCACAGCCUGGAUUUUCUUUGGAAGCCGAAUAUCUUCAGCCUUGUUGUCACUGAUUAUGCUUGGCAGUUUGCAUUUGUAUCUAAGUCAACCGAGGAGAUAUAGAAGGAGGAAGAUAUUGGCACCAGAUAGAUGUUAUUAAAAGGCACACUCCAAGAACAACGACAAUGCGUGCUCAUUUCAAACGUUAUUUGGCAAUGAGGUUCCUGAUCACAAUGUACCAACCCAUUUGCUCAUAGCUGCCCUGGUUUAGAAAAAUCCAGACACUCACAACCAUCAUCAAUAGAAGACGUCUUCCACCAAGAUUCAUUUAUUUGUUCUGGCAGUGACCAGAGUCCAACCCAAUAGAAGUCUUCACCUCCUCUGAGAGUUUCCUUCAUUCAUUAAAAUUCAUGGAUAGAAUGAUCAUUGUACACCUAAUAUACAAAUACUGUGGGACAAUCAUGGCAUACAUUGAUGGCACGAUGUGAUAAGUGAUCAGAGUAUAGAAUAAGGACAUGAUGUCAUAAGAGAUCAGAGUAUACCAUAACAAUAUGAUGUAAUAGGAAAUCAGAUUAUAUAAUAACUCUAUGAUGCAA